UCGUCUUCUCCCAGAGAAAGCAGACAUGUUAAUUUUUCUUCAGAAAAAUUGCUAACUGUUUUGGUAAGUUGUAAUUCUGAAUGUUAAAUUUGAUGUUGGAUUUAUUUAAAUUGAUAUGAAUUGAAAUGCUCUGUUUAAAAUAUUUAAAGAGUGAUUAAUAAACACAAAUGGAAUUGUUUAAGUAUUGUGCAUUAUUUUUCACAUUUCUUUUAUUAUGGAAUCGGAAUCAGAACCGGGAAUCGUAAGGCAGAACUGGAACCGGAAUCGGAACCGGAAAAUUCCUUUUGAUACCCAACCCUAUGCAGGAGCGUGUAAGAGGAACGAUGCUCGCGCUGUUGCACCAGUGGUUGUUCACCAUCAGACACACUCCACCGCCGCUUGACUUCCCCGACUCCAGUGUUCUGUCCAUGCGAUGAACCGAGAAAAACUCGGCCGGCUGGAUGUUGUGAUCCAGUACCGCUGGGUUCAGCCAUGUCUUGGUGAAGCAGAGAAGGUUGCAGUCCCGAAUGUCCCUCUGGAACUUGACCUUUGCCCUGAGGUCGUCGAGCUUGUUUUCCAGAGACUGGACGUUGGCUAACAGGAUACUAGGCAAGGGAGCGCGGUUUGCGCGUCCCCUCAGCCUGUUUCUGAUGCCAACUUGUUUCCCUCGCGGACGCCGGUGUGGGUCACGUCCUUUGUUCCCCCUCAGGAUCUCGCUCGGCCAGCAUGGGUCCGAGUUUAAAAACGGCAAUGGAGUGACGAAGAACCUACCGUACCGCAGCCAGUCGCUGACGCCUCAUGAGUGUUUCCAGACUUUCAUCAGCUCCAUUUUCUACGUGGGUAAAGGCAAACGCUCGCGACCCUACAGCCACCUGUACGAAGCUCUGGAGUACUUCAAAGGAGACAAAUCAUCCAAGAAACUCAGCUCGAAGGUGCAGCACAUCUUGCAGGUGUGGAACUGCCACGGCGUCAUCUCGCUGCACUGCUUCCAGAACGUCAUUCCUGUGGAGGCGUACACGCGAGAGGCCUGCAUGGUGGACGCCAUCGGUCUGAAGAUGCUGACCAAUCAGAAGCGAGGGGAUUAUUAUGGGAUGGUCUCCACCUGGCCUGCGAAGCGUCAGCGUGAGCUUGGGGUUCACCUGCUGUACAGAGCCAUGCAGAUCUUCCUGGCUGAGGGAGAGAGACAGCUCCGACCGGCCGACAUCAGGCGAUGAAGUCACACGCCGUCUGAACCACACUGAGCAUUUAGAGCGCACUUUGGGUUCAUUCAUGCAGUUAGGUUCAAAAUAACGAGUGCACUACAGAGAUUGUCAUCAUCAGUCAUCAAACACUGUACCUGCUACGGUACUAGUGACCUGCUCGCUAUUCCCUAGGGUACAGUAUUUAGGCAUUUACCCCAAGCAGUGCAUCAUGGGAUAUCCUCCUGGGAUAGUGGGUAGUUCCUAAAGUGAACAGUCACAUGGGAAAAGACCACUGAAAGCUCAUAAAUGUGCUUUAAUAUUGUUUAUAAUGUUAUAAAUGUCUUAAAUCUGUGCUGCUGGGUUUUUUAAAUUACUGGAUAAAUAUUAAUGUUUAUGGAUUGUAAAUGAUGACGAUGUGAUGAAUGAUGAAUCUUAUAACUGGAAAAAACUGCAACCUGCUGUACGAAGAGACACACACUUGUAUUAAAAAACUCAACAUAAUGAAUUUUAAGUUAAAGAUUAGAACGAUCGUUGUGGAAAAACACUUAUAUAAUAAAUAAUAAUGACUAUGCUUUAAACACACACACACACAGCUGUAGUGAUUUAUUUAAUCCUGCAGUGAUUUCGAUAUUCAUUCAUCAGAUUUUGGAACAGUGUUAGGGAGGAACUGCUGCUCUUACAUCUUUUUUUUUUAUUUAAAACUUAUAAUUACAUUAAAAUAACUCUUCACGGAUAAACGUGAAACAGCAUGAAGAACUUCGUCUGGAUAAAGUUCUGGAUCGUCGUGGCUCAGUGUCACUCGAGGUGGACUUUGUAAACGUUGUAUGAUGUGUGAGUUAGUGUUCAUUUUUUUCUACUCUUAUAAAACGUAUGUGUCACCUAGUUGUGUGUCUGUGUGUAGUAGGAUGUGCCAUUUAAAUAUUUCUGUUGAAUAUUCAUGCAAAUGAAUUCAGUUUUUUUUAUGUGUAAUGUGAAACAAAAGCGAGGAAUCUUAACAUUUACAGCAAACAUUUCAUUUCACUUCACUCACCAGGAGCUCACAGUUACACCGAUGUCUUAUUGUGAAAUCAACAGUACUUUUACUCUUCUGUAUUAAAAUACAAGGAUUUGGGG